AUGAUCUUAAAUAAUUUAUAUUGUACACAUGAAUUAAUUAUAAUAUUUUUAAAAGCUGAAUAUAUCGCAUUAAAAUAUAAUAAUUAUUUUAUAAUGCCUAUUCAUUUAUUAUUAGGAUUAUUAUUAACUAAUAAUUUAUGUACACAAUUUUUACAUAUAAAUAAAAAAUUAAUAACUCAUAAAUUAAUAUCUUUAUUAUUAUCUAAGUAUACAUAUUAUAAUAAUAAAAAUAUUAUAAAUACUAUUUUUUCUACUAAAGUUAUUAAUAUUUUAAUUAAAUUAAAUAAUAGUAAUUUUAAAGUUAAUUCUUUAAAUUUAUUAAUAUUAUUAUUAAAUGAAAAAAAUAAUGAAAUUAAUUAUUUAUUUAAAUAUUUAAAUUUAAAAAAUUUAAAUUUCAAUUAUUAUAUUCCUAAUACAACUUUUCCUAUAAAUAUUCAAUUAAAAUUAAAAGAAAUAUCUACAAAUAUUUUAAAUUUAAAUUUUAUUUAUAAUUAUAAUAAUAUAAAUAUAUAUAAAACACAAUAUAUUAAAUUAUUACAAAUUUUAAAUUUAAAUAUAAAAAAACAUAUUUUUAUAGAAGGUGAAAAUGAAAAUAUAUUUUCUUUUUUAAAUAUUUUAACUAAUAAUAUUAUUAAUAAAAUAGUACCUUUAUAUUUAUAUAAUACAGAAAUUUGGGUAUUAAAUGAUUUAUUUAAUUAUGAUAUAUAUACAAUUAUAAAUAAAAUAAUAAAUAUUUCUAAUUAUUUUAUAAAUAAUAAAUAUAAAUUAAUUUUAAUUAUAAAAAACAUUGAAUUAUUUAAUGAUGACGAUAAUAAAUUAUAUUAUUUAUAUUUAUUAUUAAAUAAAAUUAGUAAUUCAAAUAUUCAUAUAAUAAUACCUAUAAAUAAAGAAAAAUAUAAUUUAUAUUUUAAAUCUUAUAAUUUAUAUAAAAAUUAUUUUUUUAAUAAUAUUAAAUUAAAAGAUUUAUCAAUUUUACAAUUAUUUUUAAUAUUAAAAAAUAAUAUUAAAAAUUAUAUAAAUUAUUAUAAAAUAAAUAUAUCUAAUAAAUUAUUAUAUGAAUUAAUUAAUUUAAGUAAAAAACAUAUUUCAAAUUUAAAUUCACCUAUAAUCCCAUUAAUUUUAUUAGAAAAUUCUUGUUCUAAAAAAUAUUUAUUUAAUUCUAAUACUACAAUUUUAAAUUAUAAAUUUACUAAUACUGUAAUAAAACAAAAAUCUUCAUUAACAAUAAAUGAUAUAAAAAAUUCAAUAGCUGAAUAUUUAAAUGUAUCAAAAAUUAAUUUAUUUAAAAAUAAUAAAAUUAAUAAAUAUAAUUUAAUUAAAUUAGAACAAUAUUUAUAUAAAAAUAUUCAUGGUCAAAAUCAUAUUUUUAAUAAUAUCAUACCAGCUAUAAAACAAAACUUAAUAGGACUAAAAACAAAAAAUAAACCUAUAGGAAGUUGGAUUUUAUGUGGUCCUAGUGGUACAGGUAAAACAGAAUUAGCAAAGACAUUAGCUAAACAGUUAUUUGGAUCUGAAAAUGAAUUAAUAAGAUUUGAUAUGAGUGAAUAUAUGGAAAAACAUUCUAUUUCUAGAUUAAUAGGUUCACCUCCAGGUUAUAUAGGUUAUUCAGAAGGUGGUCAAUUAACAGAACAAGUAUAUAAUAAACCAAAUUGUGUUAUUUUAUUUGAUGAAAUAGAAAAAGCACAUCCUGAUAUAUAUAAUAUAAUGUUACAAAUAUUAGAUGAAGGUAGAUUAACUGAUACUACUGGUAAAUUAAUUGAUUUUACAAAUACAAUAAUUUUAUUAACAAGUAAUUUAGGAUGUCCAACAAAUUAUGAUAAAUAUUUAAAUAAUAAAAAUUAUUUAAAUGAAUUAGAUUUAAAAGAUAUAAAAAAUAAUAUUAAAAGUAAAAUAUCUAAUUAUUUUAAACCUGAAUUAUUAAAUAGAUUAACAAAUAUAUUAAUAUUUAAUCCAUUAAAUAUCAAAUCAUUAAAUUUAAUUUUUAAUAAAUUUAUAACAGAAUUAAAGACAAAAUUAUAUUUAAAUAAAUUAAAUAUUAUUAUAUCUAUUAACAAUAAUUUAAAAUAUUUUAUAAUUAAAUUAACUUACAAUCCUUUAUAUGGAGCACGUCCAUUAAAAAGAUUAUUAGAAUUAAUUUUUGAUAAAUCUAUAAGUGAUUUAUUAUUAAUUUAUAAUAAAGAAUAUUUUAAUAAAAAUAAAUAUAUUUUAUAUUAUUUUUUAAAUCAAUAUUAUAAUUUAAAAUUUAAUAUUUAUUCAUUAUAA